GGGCGGCGGGCGGCGGGCGGCGGCGCGUCCCGGGGCCGAGCGCGUGUGUCCGGAGCCGAGCCGAGCGGCGCGGGAAGGAUGCUGGCGGGCAGGGGCGCGCGCGCGGGCGGCGGGCUGCCGCGGGGCUGGACCGCGCUCUGCCUGCUCAGUCUGCUGCCCUUUGGGUUCACAAACACGGAAACCAUGACUACUCCUACCACAGUGCCAACCUCCACAGAAAUAAUGUCAACUGUUUCUGCAAAUACAUCCAAACAGGAAGCCAUCACACUAACUCCUUCUGGAACUACCACCCUGUACUCUGUCUCCCAGGACAGCAAUGGGACCACAGCAACCAUCUCAGAGACUACAGUCAAUGUCACAUCUACCUCUGAGAUCACCCUAACGCCUGGGACCAUGAACUCUUCUGUUCAGUCGCAGACCUCUUUAGCUAUCACGGUAUCUUUUACCCCAACCAACUUUUCAACUUCAAAUGUGACCUUGGAGCCCAGCCUGCUACCUGGAAAUGGCUCGGAUCCCCCCUACAACAGCACCAGCCUUGUGACAUCCCCCACGGAAUAUUAUACAUCACUUUCUCCUACCCCAAGUAGAAAUGACACCCCAAGUACCAUCAAGGGAGAAAUCAAAUGUUCCGGAGUCAAAGAAGUGAAAUUGAACCAAGGUAUCUGCCUAGAGCUAAAUGAGACCUCCAGCUGUGAGGACUUUAAGAAGGAUAACGAAUUAAAACUGACCCAAGUCCUGUGUGAGAAGGAGCCAGCUGAGGCUGGGGCCGGGGUGUGCUCCCUGCUUCUGGCCCAGUCUGAGGUGAGGCCUCACUGCCUGCUGCUGGUCUUGGCCAACAAAACAGAACUUUUCAGUAAACUCCAACUUCUGAGAAAGCACCAGUCUGACCUGAAAAAGCUGGGAAUCCGAGACUUCACUGAACAAGAUGUUGGGAGCCACCAGAGCUAUUCCCGCAAGACCCUAAUUGCACUGGUCACCUCAGGGAUCCUGCUGGCUGUCUUGGGCACCACUGGUUACUUCCUGAUGAACCGCCGCAGUUGGAGCCCUACAGGAGAAAGGCUGGGCGAAGACCCUUAUUACACGGAGAACGGUGGAGGCCAGGGCUAUAGCUCAGGCCCUGGGGCCUCCCCUGAGGCUCAGGGAAAGGCCAGUGUGAACCGAGGGGCUCAGGAGAACGGGACCGGCCAGGCCACGUCCAGAAACGGCCAUUCAGCAAGACAACACAUGGUGGCUGACACAGAAUUGUGACUCUGGGGGGGAGUAAGGCUGGGCAGGGUCUGGGGAAGGGGCCCCUCCCAGCACCUGACCACAUGCUGCCUCUGUGCUGGAGCUGCCACCACUAACAUUCUAGCCUUUCCUGCUGCACACACCCUCCAAGGCCGUUCCUGGGGCCCUGCACUGCACCAGGCCGAGGGGUUCUCUCCAUCCUGGGGCCCGGGAGGUAGCCCCUACCUUUUAUACGUUCAUCUCACUAAGCCUAGAGUCUGGUCUCUCCUUUGAGUAAAGACAUGAGGGAGACAUGCCAAAGUACAGAGAAGCUACCAGAGUUGGGGGGGUGGGGGGUGAUGAUCUCACAUCAUUCACGUGUGGGCUUCUUCCCUCUUCCUCCUCUCUGCCUUAUUAAAAGAACUUCCAGGGGGAAGCAUGGCCUUUUCUGGGCUACAAUGUCCUCCUGGGAGGCUUUGUCUUUUCCUGUGUCUUCCUCAUGUCUGUCUCCUCUACUUUAGGGAAACCAAAGCAACUCAGUGCACCUGCUCCUUUGUAAUGCUAUAGCCAGCAAGACUUGUUGUCUUAAACCGUCUCCCUUGUGCUCACACCAGCUCACUGUGGAUUACAGGCACCGGCUUCCCUCAUGCUCUCCGGGCUCCCUGAGCUCCACACCUUCUCCCUGCACCUCUGUGUACAGAAGCCUGCACUGUUCUCUGGCUGAGCCUGGAACGAGACUCCAAGUUUUGAACAAUGUCUUGUGUCUAUGUUUGGGAGACAGCAUAGGGAUGCGUGGACACAUGCGUCCCUAUCUUUUGGGACAAAUGAGGGAGAGGGGAUGGCUCAGUCCUUGUCUCUCUGGGACUCACAGAGUCUCAUCUUGGGCCCCCGUUUCUCCUUGUGAGUCUCAGUGAACGGGACCAAGGGACCAGAUCUUGGAGCCAAGCCUCUUGACCCGUGCACCUCUGAAGAAGCCCCUCGCUCGGAAGCUAGGUCCUGGCCUUGCCUUCUGAUCCUGAUGGCUUCCUCCUUCCUCCCCCUGACUCCUGGGUGAGCUGUGGACUCAGACUCCCAGCAGACUCCUUUCUGUCUCAGCCUCCCGACCCCAACCCCCUCACUGUUCUGUACCCCCAUAUAGUCAGGGCCCCCGACAUCUCCAGAGGACCUACAUCACAAGCCACCUCCUCUGUAGGUGGCCCAAGGUUCUCAUUUAUAUUUUUAGGUAUUUUUUUUUCCAGAGGGGUGAGCAGAGAUCUUGGUUUCAAUGACAGUUGGAAAUAGAACUUUCCAGAGAUAGGAAGACUGGGUGGAUUUUAUUUCUGAAUACAAAAAUGGUGUGUGUAAAUACUGUAAUUAAAGUGAUACCGAGACACA